AUGCCUUCCUGCACCAAGCCAUCACGUGACCAAUGCGGUCAGCGGUGCGAAUGCAAAAACGGUCGUCUUCACCGCAGGCAACUCGUGAGGGGCGAGUUUACACGCAUGCCAUACGAGGAACGCGCGCGAUAUACGCGAGCUUUCUACAAAGCCACCACGGACCCCCUCUACAAGGACGACUUCGAGAAGCUUUUAAUAGAACAUUCCAGACUCCCGUCUAACUACCUUCAUCACAUGCCACAGAUCUUUUUCCCCUGGCACCGCUGGUACCUUUCCAAGAUCGAGUCCUUUCUUAAGAUGAUUGACUGCCGAGUGACCAUACCAUACUGGCAGUGGACCGCCCAGGCCGGACACCUCUGGCGCACACUUCCGUCCGAUGUUUGGGCCUCUGGGUGUGUCCAAGAUGGAAUUUUCAGGGUGGGUAACUGGCACAUGCCUGUUGUCAAGGGGGGUGGAUGCUUGAAGCGGCAGUUUAACAAGACAUGUCAUCUCCCGGAUGAGGCUGACUUGAAGAAGGCUCUCGAAAUCAAGGAUUUUCUAACAUUCGAGCGAAUAAUUCGAGACACUUUCCAUAACAGAUUCCACGACUGUGUCGGCCGAUUGAUGCAUUUUCACGUGACCGCUUCAGACACCCCCGAGUUCCCCUUGCAUCACGCCUUCAUUGACAAGAUCUGGGACAUGUGGGAGAAGAAACAUAAGGUGAAUAAGUACCGAUAUUACACCUCUCAGAAUUACCUCAUGCCGCUGGCGGACAGAAACCCAUGGGAAUACCUCGAAAGUGACUAUUUACCAGGCAAUGUACGAGUAAUGUAUGAAGAUUAUGAUAACAGGCACUAAACAAGUAAAUGAUUAUCGUGUAAAUCCCUUUAAAGUAUACCCUGGAAAAUACCCUUUUUAAUAAUCUAAAUAUAUUAAUUAUACUGUUCUUGGUGUGUCAUG